UAUCAUCAAAUCCACAUAUAUCAAUCAACCCUUUUUUCAAUAUGCCUCACAACACCCGCUGUUCUGCUGCUUCGCAAGCCUGUACAGAGACUCCUACCCUGCGCCUCAGUCUCCCCAAACUACCUGUUCCAGAAGUUCUGGAUAAUGGAGAGGAUCCGGUCAAUGAUGAGAUGGAGGAGCAGAUGGAUGAGGAGGAUAUAGAGACUCAGUCUGAGGAUCCUUGAUAUCUGCGAAUCCCUACACCUGAGCCUGACAUCUCAUACAGAUUGUAUGAAUGGGUGAUUAUCAAUGAGAUAAAGAACAAGAGAGAUGACAAAAUGAUUAAUGAGUAGAAAGAAGAAGAAGAAUUAGAAGAAUGAAUCUAUAAUUUCUACAAUCAAUUCUUCUAUACAGAUCUCUCAAAUGUCAGUGAUUAUAUUCCCUUCUUCAGCUCUGGCAGCUUCAACUUCAUUCAAUAUGGCAUUCUCAAGUGAGAUAAUCAAUGUGAUGAUGAUGAAAUAUAUGAUGAAAGGAAUAGAAGAACUGAAUUCACAAUCUCAUUAUCAUCCACAUCCAGAUCUGCUGUUGAAUCUUCCAUCAAAUCCG